AAGCCGUCGGUCGCGCGCGCUCCAGAGCUGGACGACGCCUACAAAGGCCAAGUAGUUCGCUAUACGGGCAGACUCAUUCUUUCCAGCCGUGCGAAACGUGGGCCAACGCUCGUUGCACAACUCUCGCUUGCCGCUGCGUUUGCUUUGAAACUCUCAGACUCAGGAGUUAAAAUGCAGCGAAACGAGCAGCUCCAGCGCCUCGCCAGCAAGGUCGCCGCGUCGUGGACCGCGCGCGCGAGCGCCCUCAACGCGCGCGACGUCUUCGCGGAAUUCGUGGAGCUGCGGCCCGCGCUCGCCGAGAACGUGGACGAGGGACUACGGAGGGAGGUGCGCAACGGCGAGGCGGCGAUCCGGGACUACUUGACAACACUGGUUGAUGAUCCGGCAGUUUUGGAGGAGCUCGAGCGCCUCGACGCGGCCGACGGCUCCGCUUCUGUAGUACCAGCAGAUGUCGCGCCGGCCGACGCGACGCGGAGCGCCUGGCUCGCCCGGCGGCUC